AAGGAGAAGGGAGCCUCUAUAUAACUCUCACCCAUGCUGCCCCAUUGUGCACAACAGAGGCUUAUAAAUUAUAAGGGCAGAGAGGCAAAGGGAUUAUAAUUUCAGAAAAAGAAGAAUCAGGGAUUGAGAGAGAUUUCAUACAUUGAAGAAGAUGAGCUGCUUUUCAUGCUUCAAGCCAGACAAGAAGAACGCGUCAAAGAGGAUGGAGGCAAGGCAGGUCACAGUUGUGAAGAAGGCAUCAACACAACAUGGAGCAUCUCUCGAGAAUUCUGAAUCAGUCAAGUUGCCACGUUUCUCAUCAGACCAAAAGCAAUCACCUGGAGCAGCAGCAAAUACUGAACCACCCAAUGGAAGUCCAGUUAUUGCCAAAACUGGAAAAAAAUUCAUGUUCCGUGAGCUAGCGACAGCAACCAAUAACUUCCGUUCUGACCGUCUUCUGGGAGAGGGGGGCUUCGGCAGGGUUUACAAGGGCCAGCUUGAAAAUGGGCAGCCUGUAGCUGUCAAGCGAUUGGACCUUAAUGGAUUUCAAGGUCACAAAGAGUUCCUAGUUGAGGUCAUGAUGCUCAGCCUCUUAAACCAUCCAAACCUGGUCAGUUUGGUUGGCUAUUGCUCAGAUGGAGAUCAAAGAUUACUGGUGUAUGAGUACAUGGCCCUUGGCUCGCUUGCAGACCACUUGCUAGACAACAUCCCGGAUCAAGUACCACUAAGCUGGCAUAUCAGGAUGAAGAUAGCCCAUGGAACUGCUAAGGGGCUUGAAUACCUCCAUGAGAAGGCGAAUCCGCCUGUCAUCUACCGGGAUCUCAAAUCCCCCAACAUCCUUCUUGAUAAUGAGUACAAUCCUAAGUUGUCAGACUUUGGGCUUGCAAAGCUAGGUCUUGUUGGGGGAAAGGCACAUAUCUCAACUCGGGUGAUGGGCACAUUUGGAUACUGUGCUCCAGAAUAUGUAAAAACACGCGAGCUAACUACCAAGACUGAUGUCUACAGCUUUGGGGUUUUUCUACUUGAGUUGAUCACAGGAAGAAGAGCUGUAGAUUCGUCCAGACCAGAAUGUGAACAAAUACUGGUUAAAUGGGCCCAACCCAUGCUCAAAGAUAGGAGGUACCAUGAGCUGGUGGACCCACUUCUUAGAGGUGACUACCCAAAGGGAGAUUUGGACCAGGCUGUGGCCGUGGCAUCAAUGUGCCUACAAGAUGAACCCUCAGUUCGGCCAUACAUGAGUGACACUGUUGCCGCAUUGGGAUUCCUUGCAGAAGUACCCACAGGCUAUCAAGAAAAGAUUAACACUGUACCCCAAAACAAACAGGAUAAAGAUCCCUCGGUUACUGGUAACACUAAGCAAGAGAAAACAGCAUUUGAUCGUCAACGAGCAGUUGCCGAGGCCAUUGAAUGGGGCGCCAUGAGGCAAAAACAGAAAGCUCAAGUUCAAGAGAAGAAAAAUCACUUACAAUUGUAGCCCCCACUGACACCAACAGGCUGUAAAAGCCAGCAACAGCUAGCUGUGUAUAAAUCCAUUGAUCAUAGUUUAUUAGACUUCUCUCCAAACUUGUAAGUUUACAAUUUUGCGCAAGCCUUAGGGCUGUAUUGUCAUAUAGGACUAGAAUUUGUAAAUGAAAUCUUGUCUCAUAAAGGUUGUCCAGGAUUAAUAUCAUGGCACCAUAGCCCCUACUGAGUACAGAUAAUGACAGGCUGUAAAAAGUUUUUUAAAAAAGGUUUAUCUUAUAACAAGUAACUUUGCAAUUCUGAGUGAA